UAGGUAACAUCUUCCGAGGUAGCUCUAAUACCUUCCUCCCAUUCUGAUGUCACAAUGUGGAAUUCUACACAUAUACAGGGUAUAUUAAGACCUUCCUCAUCUGAGAAGGAUAUCUUAGGAUCUACUGCAUCUGAACAGCAUGCUUUACAACUAUCCCCAUCUACCCAAGUAGAUUUAUUUCACAUGACCACUCUGGGGAGAAAUAGUCGACAUUCUCCCUCUACCAAAAUGGACCACAGGCAUCCAGUUUCUAGAAACAAAGAGUUAAGAUUUGAUCCUUCUGAUAGAAUCUUGAGAAAUUUCUCCUCUAAGGAAGACAGUUUCAACCUUCCCCCUUCUGCCAAAAGGGAUCUUAUGCCAUCUUCUGCUGCCAAAGAGACACCAAAACCUACAACUACUCCUCAGUGAUUUUUCAGACACUGAGCCACCAAUGCGGAAGCAUGCACCAGCUAAUAUGAAGCCCCUAAAACUGGAGUGCAGAUUCUGGACACGACCAGAGAAGAUGCAAUUAACCCUCAAGAGACUUGAUUCCCCAGGGAGUGGAGAGAAGGAUCCUUUGUGUCCUGCAUCAUUCUUGCUGGCAAGACAUAGCGUGGGACAUUUGGUGCCAGAAACCCGGGAAAAAGACCUCAUCCGCACCUCCGGAGACCCCUUGGUAACAAGGAGGAUUCAGAACUGCAGGAUAAUGAAAAUCCACUUUGGGUUCCGGGACGACUUACUUGGAAUAUCAAGACAGAAGACCAAGAAGAUGACAACUCUGGUGAUCCUCAUGCUGAUCCAGGGAGUGCCAAUAAAAGUGCAGAGCGAACUACGGUGGGGAAUAAUGUCAACCUUCCCCCUCCCGAUGCCGGUGAUGUAUAAUGCCCAAGUGUUUCCACGUUUCUUUACUACCAACAAAGAAUUGGGACUAGCCUAUUUACCACUAGAUUCCCAAAUAGAGCAAGUAAAAAAAAAUAGGAUUAUUCCCCUUAAGGGCAGCCUUUGUUUUGGCAUAUUCAACAAAAUAUCUUCUGAUCUUCCUUGCAUUAUGUCGAGUAAUCAAUCUUCUGCUUGGUUAAGGGAGGCCACAUGGGGAGCUGGUGAGGAAGACAUUGUGGCUAAUGCCACAGUUCUGUAUGGUUGGUGGCCUUAUAUUAACUCCUCCACCUGCCCUCUGCAUCAACCAAAGUUGGCACCCUUUUGUAGAGGGACCCUGGAUGAAAAACUUACUUUGCCGUGGACUGGUUGCCAGUCCCGGGACUCUGCCUGGGCAGUCCAGAAUUUUUUCUCCUUCUCCCCUGAUUUGGGAGGCAGAGUGAACUUCAACACCAUUGGUCCUAGAUGGUCCAAUAAUAAUCCCUUUGAUCAAUGGAUGCUUUGUGGCGUUAAUGGUAGCUGUACUGAUCUUACACCCAUGGCAAUGCUACUUGGAGGAAAGGGUGAAAAGGGACGGUUAUCAUUUUCCUGGACGGGGAAUAUCCACCCUUCAGCCUCUGUCUGGAUAGCUACUCGUAUAAAAUAUAAACCUUACUGGAGCACGGGGUUUAACCCUGCUCCAGUUUGUGUCUGGCCGCCAUUUGUGUGGAUUAUAAGUAAUGCCACUGAAGUUUCUAAAUUGAAUUGUACAGAUGGUUCAUGUUUUUAUGCCCUGUGUUGGGAUGCUAGCCAAUAUCCCAUAGCGGUAGUUACCCAUAUGCCUCGCUUUAUCCCGGUCCCUGUUGAGACUCCGGGGACCCUGACCUUAUUUAGAGGAAAGAGAUAUUUUGGCAUUUCUGCAAUCAUUGUUGGCAUUAUUGCUACAACGGCAGUUGCUGCCUCAGUUACUGCUUCGGCAUUGGAUUUGUCAAACACAGUACAGACAACCCAAACUAUCAAUGAUUUAUCGGCUACCAUCUCAGUGGCUCUGGACAGACAGGCCUCGGCUAAUACUCAGAUACAAGGAGGCCUCAUGCUUGUUAACCAACGUAUAGAUCUGGUCCAAGAGCAACUAGACAUCCUAUGGCAACUGGCCCAGCUUGGCUGUGAACUAAAGCUCCCCGGCCUUUGUGUCACGUCUAUACAGUAUGAACAAUUUACCAAAGCUGCCAAUUUGUCUAAAACCCUUUCACAGCAUUUGUUACAGAACUGAACCUCGGAUUUUGAACAGAUGCUCAGGGAAUUGAGAGCAGCCAUCAUUCAAGUAAACUCUACCCGACUCGAUAUGUCUUUGACAGAAGGAUUGUCAUCCUGGAUCACCUCAGCAGUCUCUUAUUUUAAGGAAUGGGUGGGGGUGGGACUUUUUGGAGCAGUCCUCUGCUGCGGAUUAGUGUUACUCCUCUGGUUGCUUUGCAAGUUAAGAUUUCAAACAAAGAGGGACAAAAUUGUGAUCGCCCAGGCGCUUAUAGCCCUUGAACAAGGAGAGUCAGCCGAUAUUUGGUUAACCAUGCUUAAGCAAUAGGUCGCCGGCUGGACAGCUCUUGCACUCCUAGAACCUCGGUUCAUUGCACAGGAUUAGAGUGUCCGGCUUGAGCAGCCCAUGAGGGAUGACGAGCCUAGCAUUGCACAGGGAAGCUCUACCAAACAUGUUCCCUGGAAGGCAUGUCAUAUUACAUGAGGGUAUCUGCCCCAGUUUUCUCUCCCUCGAAAAAAUGGCAG